AUCGUGCUUCACGUCUUUCAUCGGAAGUAUUAUACCAAUCUAGAAUGGGCCAGUUAAAGGAUAUUCUUCCUCUUCGUCGUACGUUAAAAACGAAUCAACCCAUAUUAAUAACUUCUGUGACUAUAAAUUCUCCCCCUUCUCUUCUUAAUCAACUUCAUAAAAUUUUCAAUGAAAUUAUCGAAGAAGGAACUACAUAUCCUCAAGAAUUCAUUCUUGAUUAUGAUGGUUUUAUUAAUCUAUUUUUAAGUCAUAAUACGUUUAUUGCUUUGAAAGAUGAUGACGAUGAUGAUAAUAAGAAUAAAGAAAUUUGGGAGGAUAAAGUGAUGGGUAUGUUUUAUAUAAAACCUAAUUAUCCUGGACGAUGUAGCGUUGGUAAAAUAAUGGCUGAAUCAUUUCUUUUAUUGGCUCCAUUAUUAGGUUAUAAAUCUAGUGUUUUUAAUUUAGUAUUUGAAAAUAAUAUUGCUUCUAUAAAACUUUGGAGAUCUCUUGGUUUUAAAGAAGUUGGAAAAAUUCCUAAUGCUGCAAGGUUAAAAGGUUCUGAUAAAUUAAUUGAUGCUUUAAU